AUGGCUGAGACAACGACCCGCUCUAUCUCUGGUAGAAAGCCUUACAAUGGUCCAACCUACACAUAUCAGCAUCCCCAAUUGGGCGCUUUAACGGGACGUCUGAUCAAGUCAUCGCAUUUCCCUGGGACAUCCACCGUUCAGUUCCGCUCGAUCCCAUAUGCCCAGGUCCUCAAACGCUUUGCACCGUGCGUCCCACUAGAAGGAAUACCAGACAAGUUUGACGCAAGGCCGCACCGGGAUUUCACGCAGUUUGGCAGCGCAUGUCCCCAGCUCGGCGCGACGAAGCCGACCUGGUUCGAAGCAUACGGUGGGCGCCUCGAAGAUGACUUGGGCCUGGACUUUGACGAGUUUACCUGCCUGACCAUCAGCGUGUCCGUGCCCGAAUCCUAUCUCUCGGCCAAUAAUCCCAAGUUGCUACCGGUGAUGAUCUAUGUCCACGGUGGCGGCGCGCAGGAAGGGGUCGGGCAUGUCGACGGACUCCACAAUAAUGCUCCUCUCGCAGCAUACUCAUCGGAGAUUUCCUUGCCCAUUGUCACGGUCAACAUUGGAUAUCGCCUCAAUUGGCUCGGCAGCCUUGUGUGCCAGGACAUGAUCGAGGAAUACAAGGUCGACCCAUCACCCUCGCCCUACGGUCCAUUCAACCUGACGAUCCAAGAUCAGAGAGCCGCAUUCGCAUGGAUCCGUACAUUCAUCGGUGGAUUUGGUGGCGACGCGGAGAAAAUGACUGCGUUCGGCGAAUCGGCGGGCAGCAUCUUUCUGAUCUACCACAUCUGCGGCAGCCCGGAGAGACUCUUCAAUCGAGCGGUCUUGCAAUCAGGCGCCAUUUUUGGCCACACUUCGCUUGAAGACAAAGACAAAGAAUAUCAGGGGUUAUUGAAACACUUCGAGAUCAAAGGUGCAAGUGCCUCGGAGAGACUGGAGAAGCUUCGACAAGUGCCCGCGGAGGCGCUGGCCCAAUAUCCUGGGUACCACAUAAUGCCUUUCGUCGAUGAUAUCCCGGGAGUGAGUGUGCCUAAGCCAUUGUUCUCCAGAGGCCGACCAACCUUCAUGAAGCAAACGUCCCUGAUUUCCUCGUGUCCGUGGCUGGAGGACGUUGUCAUUGGGGAUGACUUCUGGGAGGGACAUGUCUUCAGAGACCUUCUCCGAUCGACCUCAGCUGUACGUUUCGUCAGCGGCGUGCUCUCCAUAUUCCCGGAUAAAGACGCAGCUCGGUUGCUUUGCGCAUAUGACCUCCCCACAUCACCAGAGCUUGCUUCAGUGGCGGACAAGAACUUGUUCUGGCGAAACCUGACACAGCUCAUCGGCGACAUGUUCUUCUCUGUGCCGAUCCACCGCCUUGUCACGCAUCUGGCUCGUCAGAACAUAGCCACCUCAAAUAGCGGCGCUCCAAAGCGGAAGGUCUACCGCUACUGUUUCGGCCUCUCGAACCCCUUUCCUGGAUCCGACCACAGCUUCGUCCCAGGCCACCACUUCGUGGAGAUCUUGUUCGUCUUCCUCACACUCCUCGACCGAUACCCAACGCACCGGAACAAAUGGCUCGAGCGACAGGCCAGAGAAACAGCGAGGAAAUGGGUUCUGUUUGCGAAUGGCGAAGCGCCGUGGGAUGAGUACAUGGUCGCCGAAAGUGGUGAUACUAACAACGCAAAGGUGGCGGUGUGUGACGACAUCAGAGGAUGGCAUGUGAAGACGAUGUCCCAGGACGAAGAAGAAAGCAAGUCCGACCCAUGGGGGCCCAGGAGAUAUGUUGGCUGGGGAGCGUGGGAGAAGGCGUACCAGGCGCUAAAGAAGCCCGGGAUGAGCACGCAGGCUUGGGCGCAGUCUAUCCAUAUGGCCAGGCUGAGGGUCGUUGGAAGUCUCAUUGUCCCAGAAGGAAUGGCUGAAUCCGGAAGUGAAGUCGAGAAGGCCGGUGCUGGACAGGAGUCCGAAAAGGAGCUAAGGGAGGCACAAGAGAAGGUAAGCAGUGAGGUUUGA